AAUUUUAUUAAAAUAAUUUAAAAAGGAAAAAAAAAAAAAACCAUUUAAAAGCAGAAGCAAAUCUAAAGCUAAAAACCCGUGAACGAAUGUACUGAGUACAGAGUCAACUGAGUCAACUGAGUCUACUGAGUACAGAUGGUGACGAUGUCUAGUUCAGUUUCUUCCUUUACAAUUGCUCCUCUCACAUUCUUCUUCACCAUUUUCCUCUGCAUCCCACUUUUUGCUCUCUCUUACUGCAAAAACCCUCCGAUCAUCUUCAACUUCGGCGAUUCCAACUCCGACACCGGCGGACUCGUUGCCGGACUCGGUUACUCCGUCAAGUUCCCCAAUGGCCGUUCCUUUUUCGGCCGGUCCACCGGUCGCCUCUCCGAUGGACGCCUCAUCAUCGAUUUCCUCUGCCAAAGUGUGAACACAAGUGUUUUGAGGCCAUAUUUGGAGUCAAUAGGUUCGACGUUUGAAAACGGGGCGAACUUUGCAAUUGCAGGCUCGGCCACUUUACCUAAAAACGUACCCUUUGCGUUGAAUAUACAGCUCAUGCAAUUUAUCCACUUUAAGGAUCGUUCGUCUCAACUUUCGUCCACAGGUAUCGAGGGUUUGAUAGGUUACGAUAGAUUCGACGAUGCUCUAUACAUGAUUGAUAUUGGACAAAAUGACAUUGCCGAUUCAUUUGCUAAGGAGGGGCUAUCGUAUUUGCAAGUUGUCGACAAGAUUCCUUCGAUAUUGGCUGAAAUCGACAAUGCUAUUAAGGAAAUAUACGAUCAAGGAGGCCGGAAAUUCUGGGUUCACAACACGGGGCCUUUGGGCUGCCUACCCCAAAAACUCGCUUUAGCUAAAAAUAUCUCGAGUAUCGAUCUCGAUUCCUUUGGAUGA